AUGAUCGUGAGUCACGAACAACGUGUCUUCGUAGCUCAUGAGGACAUCCUGUGCCGCUCGCCUUUAUUCCGGUCUCUACUCAAAGACGAGUUCGUCGGGGACAGUAAGGAUAAGGCAGUGGCUCUACCAGAUGAAGAGCCAGAAGUUCUAUCCUGCGUUCUCGAAUUUUUGUAUAAGGGAGAUUAUUUCCCGCGCCUGCUCCGUAACAAGGAUACCAACUCUUGGGAACUUGAGAACAGCCAGAACGGCACCACACAUCCCGGCGGCCGCGGAUCGAGCGAAGCGACUAUGUUCCACUCCGCAGUAGGCGACAUUGUCCUCAGGGACACGGUCGUGUACUGUGCAGCCGAGAAGUAUGGGCUGGAAGGGCUCAAAAGCCUUGCUAUCCGCAAGCAGGGUCUUCAGAGCGGAAUCCCCAUCGAUGUGAUUCUACGAUCCGCUCGGUAUGCCUACGACAACACGCCGGACUCGGAGUAUCGACUACGCGCUCACUACCUAGCUAUGAUCAUUCGGACCCGUCAGAUUUUCAAGACCAGUGGAACCAUGCAGUUUGAGAUGGAGAUGGGCCAUAAGUUCUAUUUCGAUCUGUUUGUUGCUAUGUGUAACCACAUGGAUGAUCUUGAGGAGAUUAGUAAUGAUGAAUCGCCUAAGAUGACCUAA